GUGGAUUCCAUCGACGUUGAAAUUCCAAUGUUCAAGUGUUUUAAUUUAAAUUAAACUGGGGGCUUUAUUUUAGUGAAUUAGUGAAAAUUAUUAUGGUCCUUUGUUUUAGGAUUUUAACUUUUAUUUUCACGUUUAAUAACUUUUAUCAUAUAUUCAUUAAAAAUCCAUGGAAAUGGUUCACCAACAUUCUUCGAAAGUUUUUUGGUUUUGAAGAUUUUAAAUCUUUGAGAAGAUCUGAAGAGAAACUGCUUAGAUGUUUAUCACCACCUGACCAUGUAAAAACAGCACAAGACAUCACAUUGGGCAGAGGCAGAUUGAAGAUAUGGACAAUAUCAGUGAAAAGUAAAAACUCUAGUGAAAUUCCACUUGUUCUCUUGCACAGUUUGGGGUAUGGAGCAAGCUUCUGGUCGCUCAAUCUGGGUGAGUUAUCAUCUUCUAGGCCUGUCUAUGCCAUUGACAUGCUGGGGUUUGGUAGAAGUUCGAGGAUGGCUUUCAGUACCUGUCCAACAAAUAUUGAAUUAGAGUUUGCCAAGUUUUUGGAGGCAUGGAGGGCUGAAAUGAAGUUGGAUAGGUUUAUUUUAUUAGGACACGGAUUUGGGGCUUAUGUGGCCUUCCUUUAUGUAUCAAGAUACCCAGAGCAUGUUGCACAUGUUAUUUUUGUUGAGCCCUGGGGUUUUGAGGUGGAUUCCAAACAGUACAAAAAGUUUGAUGUCUCAUCUGCUGCUCCAAAGUUUCCUCUCAGUAACUCCAUCAAGAUGACGGCAUUCUUCAUACAGUUUCUUAAUCAGUAUUCACUUUUGAGAUUUGCUGGUCCUGGCUGGGGAAUUGACAUCAUAAAAAAAUUUCGAAGUGACCUGCUUGAAAAGUUUGCUGGCAUAGCGGACAAGGACACAGUAGCUCAAUACCUCUUCUACUGGAAUGGUAUUUGCACUCCAACAGGGGAGACGGCCUUUUUUGAACUUUCCAAUCAUUCCGGGUCGGCUCGUCACCCGAUCUUUUUCCGCAUAAAUUCCCUCUGCCGUACUUUACCGAUGACCUUCAUAAUAGGAUCAAGGUCGAACUAUAUAGGUCACAAUCUGGGCCACCAGAUUAAAGCACUGAGAGAGGGCUCCUAUGUGGACAUUCAGGUGGUCAAUGGAGCCGGGCACUACUUAUUCAUAGAGAAGCACCAACUAUUCAACGACCUGGUCAACCUCAUCUGUUUCCGAGUGGAC